GAAAAAUUACAGCUAACAACAGUUAGCUUCAAAGUAGUCCCAAAGACCUACAGCUAAAGUUUGUGAAGGGAAAAAUUACAGCUAACAACGAUUAGCUUCAAAGUAUUCCCAAAGACCUACAGCUAAAGGUUUUGAAGGAAUUUUUUUGAUGAUGCACUAAAGCUUUGCACUCGAAACAAAGUAAGCCAUGUUGCAGAGCUGGUCGCUGUGAUUGAUGAUGCUGUUGCUAUUGCUGCAGCUUUUCGUUUUGCUAUUGGCAAUAGAAACUGCAAAGAGAGAGAAAAUUAAGACAAUUAAGAUUCUAAAACAAAUAAAUGAAGAUUGGAUUGAGCCCUUUGACAAUCAUUAAUUUAUUCUCUUGUAAAACAAACAAGUGGUGAGGUCAAGAUAAUUUACAAACUGGGGAAUAAAGUUCAAUAUGCUAGUAAAACUACCAGCGAAUAAAUGCCACCAGCCUGUUGAUGAAUUUGCGUUUAGAUCUUUGUAGUUACAAUAAUUGUAUUAGCUGGUGCAUUGUGAGCCCUUCGAGGAAUGUAACAAAGCCGUUAUCAUUUUAUUCUGUCCAUUUCGUAGAAAAUUUGUUGAUGAUGAGUAUUGUGUUCUUGGUGGUGUGUGGCUUAUUUUUUGUGAUCAGCGUCGUGAUGUCUUUGAUGUUGAUCAGACGAUCAAGACUAACAUAUGGGUGAGUGCUCCAGACCUUAAGGCAAAUAUUUAGAUCAUCAAGCGAAAUAUCCAACUUUAUUGUGACACUGAUUACAUUCUAUUUACAAGUUAUAGACCAGUAUAAUUAUUCCCUACCGUUACCCCAACCGAAAAUCCUGAAUAACAAGGUGAGAAUCUCAAAAGUUUCCAGAAAGACGAUGAAAAAAAAAUAAGUGGUUAAGAAUAAAUGAAUAAUAAAAUAUUUCCUCUAAAUAUAAAUGAAAUAGAAUCGUUUACAGAUUUCAUACCAGAAAAUUUCCAAUUUAUUUACUAUUUUCCUUUUUGAAAAGUAAAUUCGUUAUAAUCACAGCUCUCUUGUUCUGGUGUUGUUGUUAUUGUUGUUUUGUCAACGAUUUGAUCAUAGUUAGCACCCUCAUCCUUAGGAUUUAUCUGUACUUUCGUUGACUAAAUUGAAACUUAAGAUCACCUUUCGAGGCGUAACGUUUUCUUUCCUUUCUUUUCUCUAGUAGUGGAAGAGGAUAUGAUCUAGAAAUAACGGAGGAGAAGUUUCAGAGCAUGUACCGGUCCAGCGAGCACGCUGAGGAGAAGUCACCAGCCAAAUUCGAGCAGCUUAAGGUCAGGCAAGAGGCUUACUGAACUUUGAACUAGCUUUUUCUAUGAACAAUCCUCUACCUUCUUUGCUGUAUUGCAAAGCGUUAGAGUAGAUUUAAUAUUUCGUAGUUUUUUUUAACGUAAAUAUUUCCGCUGUUGAAUUCGGUAAGUUGUGAGUGAUGAUCUGGAUACCGUCACUAUCUAUUCGGAACCUUGGAAGUCAAUUAUGUCAUGUUUUUUACGUUUGUCUCUCGUUACCAAGGUCAAAAUUGUUUUAAGGAAUCAAUAAUUUCAAUAUCAGAAUCAUUAGUACAAGUUAUUGUUUGUGUCAAACUCUCAAUAUUCUUCGACUGCAGGGUUUAUUUUCAAAACGUUUGCCACAGCAUGCUAAAUUCAAUGUUAUAUAAUGUUUCCAUGAAAAUCUGCUGCAAUGUGCCCCGUGAUGUAGCUUUGUCGGUAACCAUUCAUUCUGUACAGGGUCUCAAUGGGGUGAUGGCUUUCACGGCUGAUGUUUAAAAUUUUGGCCAUUUUACGGCUAACGGUUUACCCCCAGCCAUUGAGACCCUCUUGCUAUCAGUACUUAACCGUUUACUGAGACUGAGGAACAGGUUUAAGCCAUCAAAGCUUAUCUUGCUUGAGUGCUAAACUCAUUAUCACAUACUUGUUCCACCAAAAUCCGCCACGAUUUGCCUUUACCCUAUCAAGUACAUUCGUAGCUUUUCAUUUGGUGGCAUUGCCUUGCCGUUGUCUGAUACAGACAGGUUAGAUCCAUAAAACUUGCAUUUCCCUGAGAAUUCGGUUUUCUGCAUUUUUUGAGUUGCGAUUACCCGUGAGGAUCAUGUCGUGACUUAUGUAUAAUCCCUCACACAGCUCAACGACGUAAGCAACGGAGUUCAUGACUCCAUCGACGACAUCAAGUCAAGUGAACGCCAGAACAACAAUAUGGGCAAAACAAGCGCUCCACCAGGAACAGAAAAAGGGCAAAAAGACACAAAGACUCUCAGUUCUUUUCAUAACAAGGCGUACCAAAGUACCAGCAUGCAAUCUGGAAUGGAUCUGGUGGAAAGUGACGUCAAACGCUAAAGACAGGCACACACCGUUUUGAUUAAUGAAAGAAAGUGACACACGUAAGAGCUGGUGAAAUAUCAAGGAGCUUCUUAUUAUUCUUUUUCGGUCUAAUUGAGUCGUUUCAAACGUAAAAUCAUGUGCAUGUGUUUAAGUUUCAAACUCCUAGAAAUAAAUAGAGUUUACUACCUUUGCACCUGGUCUACAGUUGUAUCUGCUGAAUGAUCAAUUUCGACGGAAGGUUUUUCUAACAAUAACGAUCUCGUGUUUUCAAGCUUGUGUCGAUGAGUCGUUCUGUUUCCUGACAGCAACAGUAUCUGCGUGAUGACUGAGUGCCCAGACUGCGUGACUGACUGACCGACUGCAUUACCAACUGAAUGACUGACUCUAAGAAAUAAAAUAAGACAGGUUUGUUGCUGUUCGACAUUUAGCGGGAAUUUUUAAUAUUGCAUGCUGUUGUGGGAUAUAUUUAUC